AUGGCAUCUGCAUCUGGUCCCCGCCCCCAGGACGCUCCGAUGUCCCGAGAGGACAUCGCACGCGCGAUCCAACAAGGCAUUGACCAAGCGGUCCAAUCCGUCCUCGACCGAAUGGGCCAGUUCCAAGGACCGCCAGGUCCCCCUGGGCCACCGGGUCCUCCAGGUCCUCAGGGCGAGACAACGGCGUCUUCAGUAUCCGCGACCAAUUCCUCGUGGAAGUCGGAGGACGUCGGCUACUUCGACCCUGAUCCGAAGUCCAAUGUUCAUGUCAAGACUGAUCGCGGUGUGACAAUCUACUCAAAUGUGUACGCCUUCCUAAAUCAACUUCGAGCACUCAUCCCGCUUAAGACCGAGGAAGUCGUUCGCGCUCAUGUCGCACUUUGCCUCCGGGGCGCGGCACAACGCUGGUACACAACUGAGCUUUCUGACCUCGAGCGCUCUGACUUAAACACAGACCCGCUCGAGACAGGAUGGUUUCGUUCUCUCGAACGUCGCUUUAAGAUGCGCGCAGCCACAGCACAACAGAAACUUCUGUCAGCAGCCUACACCUGGGACGAUGUCCGAGCUGACCGCUCAGCCGUCGAAUGGGCCCACGGUAUGUUACGAGACACACAAGCGGCAGACCUAGUCGGCGGGAUGCCGAUCUCGACGAUCGCUCAACUUCGUGCAAUUUGGCUCCGUCUCGACCCAUCUUUACAAAAAGAUGUGCCAGAGCCAACCCAUGCAACUACAACUUCCAGUUUCAUGGACCUACUUGACGCACGGUAUCAGCAGUGGUCCGACAUCGCCACACGACGUAUGAGGCCCCAAUCCCAGACAUCGCCGAUUCUACGUCGAUUUCCUGCUAACCCAGCCUACGGUCAGCCCUAUGGGCGUACGUUGAAUCAGCCUCCGACCCAGAAUAGUACACGGCCAAUGUUCCGACUCCCAAAUGCGGCAAAUGCUUAUCCACGUCCUCUGAUGCCGGACAAUCAGUGGCGUCCCCAACCACGGCCCUGGCCGCAAGGGCAGUACCAGCAACAAGGCUGGAUACGACAGAACCAAUGGCAACAGCAGAGACCUCAGUGGUAUCAGAACCAGGGUCAAGUACAAGCAUCCUCUUCGCAAUCCUCUACAACGUCGUCGUCGUCGACGGCGCCACGUUCAACCUCAUCUCACACGAACCAGCAAGGACAGAAAUUGCUAACUUCUAAGCCAUGGAACGGCCCUACGGCGAAUACAGCUUAUGGAAAUCGUGGACGAAUGCCCUGGAAUGGACAACGAGCGACAGCUUACCACGCAGAUCAGGAGGCGGUCUCCGAUCAGCAACCGCCUGCGAGCCCGAUGUCCUCUGUAACCACGAUGCCCCCCGCAUCCACUAUGCCCCAAGCCACAUCGCAAGUCCAAGAUGCGUUCAUAGCUGAUCCCCUGCCGACGGUUGACGGGUAUGAGUCUGCUCAUACAGAGCACAUUGUCGAUGAUCAAGGCACACACUACGACGCCCCAGCAUACUAUGAGGAUUACGAGACAGAAGCAGACCUAGGUCCGGACCCGGAGUGUUAUGUGGCCAACCCUGCCGUCGAUAUAGUCUGUCUACAUUGCGGCAUGCGAUUCACAUCAAACAACAAGCUGCACAAGCACUUACUUGGGUGUAAGCCGGGAGCGGCGGCAGUCGACGAGGCAGCCCUAGCCUUUUUCGCAACAGAAGAUGAUCAACUGAUACCAGAACUCCCAGUCAUCGAGAGCAGCAGGACCGUAAAGGAGGUCACACCUGGAGACAUUUAUCGAUCAUGGAGGUAUGCGUCCGCAGUGGUCGGCGUCAACACACAGACCAACCUUCUGGUCGCCUGUCUCGACUCGGGUUGUUCCAUGACUUUAAUCGACCAGGACCUGGCCAGCUCACUAGGUCUGCCUGUUAAGAAAGCAAAGAGACCUAUCCGUGUCAAAGGCAUUGGAUCUAUGCACUCGUCUACUGAAUACGUCGACUUACCAAUUCAUUUCCGAGGAGAAUCAGCUGUAGCACGAAUCACGGCAGAAGCACACCUGGUCGAAGAUCUGCACGCCCAGUUACUACUAGGGGUCGACGUGAUGGCGACAGAAGGCUUUAGAAUCGACUUCGAUAAGCGUGAAGUUCGCAUCGCCUCCUGCAACGGUUUGACCUUCCCAAUCGCUGUACACGCCAAGCCAAAACAUCAUACGGAUCGACCCGUGUAUGCGUCACGUCGAGUGCUUAUUCCCCCAAAGUCUUAUGUCACAGUUGCCGCCCACGUCCGCGGAGAAUUGCCCGACGGUCAAGACUACCUCUUCGAAAGCGAGCAUGCCACAGCCGCGUUCCAGUCUUCCUUAGUCGACGCAACAUUCGACUGGGUGCAGGCAGUUAACGACACAGACAAGCCGAUCAUACUCGAACGAAAGUCCAGGAUUGGUACCUUGUUCGAAACGGAUUUUCCAUCAGCCUGUUUCGUUUACUCUGAGGCCAACAGCGAGUCAGAUACAGAGCUCGCUUUCGAUCAGACGAUGGCGCCAAGUCAUCGCCCCAAGCAACGAGUGAGUACCACGCUAGGCACCGACCAGGUCCUACAGAAAGGACUAUCCAUCCCUGAUAUGGAAACCAUCCUUCCUAAUGGUGUCACGGUUUACGGCAACCCUGAGGUUGCCGCUCGUCUCUCCGAAGUCGUUGUGGGCUACGAUAUCUGGGGAGAACGAGUAGGUUAUGUCAACAUACCUGAGGAUCAAUGGAUGACUAUACCCUUGAUCGACGGAUGGGAGACACAGUUGCCAAAGACUAAGAUCUAUCCUGUUGGGCCACAAGGACGUCAGGUCAUUGACGAAACAUUCGACAAGCUUGGUAAUGAGGGUAAGCUACGACGCGCGAUUAACCAUUGCCCAUUCGCAUGGCCAGUGUUCGUGGUCUAUCGAAAGAAGUUCGACAAGGCCACAGAUCAGGACGUCUCGACUCCCCGCGUGGUGGUUGAUAUCCGAGGCCUUAAUCGUCUCACAGUGCCCGACGCCUAUCCAAUCCCGGUCAUCUCUGAUGUGCAAAAUCUGACGCAAGGAAAAAAAUUCAUCACAGUUAUAGACGCGACCAAAUUCUUCUACCAGUGGCGCGUUGUUCCCGAGCAUCAACAGAGGCUAGCAGUUGCCACACACAGAGGUCAGGAAUUUUUUCAGGUCGCAGUAAUGGGUUACAAGAACAGUGUUCCCUACGUCCAGAGACAGAUGGAUUACAUCCUACGCCUACUUCCUCGCGUCAAGGCUUAUAUUGACGACAUAGUUAUCGCCUCCGACACGCUUGAGCAGCACAUCCAGGAUCUCCACGAUGUCUUUAAGCUCUUCCAGGACUACAACAUUCAGCUUGCCCCAGCUAAGUCUUUCGUCGGCUUUCCAUCCGUGGAGCUUCUAGGACAGAAGGUCGACGCUCUUGGUAUCUCAACUCCUACUGAAAAGAUCAGGGCCAUCGCCUCCCUAGAGUUUCCCAAGACCCUACAACAGCUCGAGACGUACCUUGGGAUGACCGGCGCUCUCCGCCAGUAUGUUCCGUCAUAUGCAGCCAAAGCAGAACCACUACAGAGACGUAAGGUAGAACUGCUCAAAGGCAGCCCUGUCGCGGGAGCAGCACGAAAGCAGUGGUCCCUACGCACUCGUUUUCCGGAACCCACAACGGAAGAGGCACAGGCUUUUGACGCGAUUCAAGGGUCUUUCAAGAACCCACAGUGGCUCGCCCAUUGGGACAAAAAUCGACAGCUUUACGUUGACAUCGACGCAUCCAAAGAAAGCGGGCACGGCGUCAUGGUUUUCCACGUCAAGCCCAGUUAUAAGCACGUGAAUCUGGCCAAGCCACCAGCGUCUACAGCAGUCGAGCCUGUGCUAUUCCUAAGUCGUACAUUGACCCCAGCGGAACGCAACUACUACAUCACAGAGCUGGAGUUCUCCUGUAUGGUCUGGGCAGCUCGCAAACUCAAAGCUUGGUUAGAAGCAGCUCCAAUCAAUAUGCCUCCCGUGUUCUACACUGAUCAUAUCGCGUCGAUCUACCUCGCGACGUCCCUGUCGACUGCGUCUCCCGAUCGUUUAAACCUACGUCUGGUGCGUGGAUCUCAGUAUCUACAGCAGUUCCGCAUCAAGGUUUACCAUCGCGCGGGUGUGACGAAUCGUGUCGCUGAUGCUCUAUCGCGUCUGCCUAGUGCUUCACCUACAGCGCCUAGAGAUGAUGAUGACCUGGACGCACUCCAAGCCUCAGCUUCAGCUUUCCUCACAUCUACGAUCGAGAUGAGUGACGACUUCCGCACACGUCUUGUCGAGGGCUAUAAGACGGACACACGUUGGUCAAUGGUCAUGUCAGAAUUAGAGCGCGUCCAGAAGCUGAACGACCCUAUGGAGCAACAACUGCCGUAUGUCGUACGAAAUGGAAUCCUCUACUCAGUCCAGCAAGAUGGCGACGAAUGGAUUUGCAUCCCACACACUAUGGCUAACGAAAUUUUCGCUAUGGUCCACGACGAUCAAGGACACCAAGGUAUUCAACGCUGCUGGGAAAAAAUGAAGGGCUUGGUCAUUUACCAUGGAUGGAGCAAGCUCAAGAAAUAUAUCCUGACUUGUGAUGAAUGUCUCCGGAAUGGCGUCCGUAGACAUCGACCAUACGGUUCGCUGCAACCAAUCGAAACUCCGCCUAUCCCUUUUCACACAGUCACAAUUGAUUUCAUCGUGGCUUUGCCCCGAACCCCAGAAGGAUACGAUACAGCAGUCCUGUGUACUUGCAAGUACACAAAGCGGAUCCUCGCUGAGCCAGGACCCCUGACUAUUUCUCGACGACAAGAAUUCGAAGCGCGAAAGGACGCAGAAGAAUGUAUGAGGUUUGCGAAGGUGCAAAUGAAAAAGUACUUUGACGACCGCCAUAGACCGGUGUACUUCACAGUGGGUUCCAAGGUUUACCUUCGGCUACAGACUUCACCAAAGGAGGGUGGCUACACCAUUCCCGCGAACAAGGGCGUGUCUAAGAAGUUCCAACAACGUUACGCAGGCCCAUUCAAGGUCCUCGAGCGAGUGGGGCGUCUGGCGUACCGGCUUGACUUACCAGGACAUUGGAAGAUACACCCAGUAAUCUCAGUCGCACACCUCGAGCAAGCACCCAACGACGUCCGUGCUGAAGGCGCACCGGAGCCUACGACAGAUGAGAGGUUCCCGGAUGAUGAGGACCGUUUUGACGUCGACGCAAUCUUAGACGAAAGCACCAGAUAUCUCGGACGACACCGCACACCAGUGAAAUACUAUCUGGUACGCUGGUCGAACGCAGGCCCAGACCACGACGAAUGGGUCCACGAAAGAAACCUACAGGGCGCAGAAGAGAAGUUGGCGGAAUUCCGUCGCUCUCGUUUGUCUUAA